AUGUCGCGGGUGAGCGGCCCUGGGCCGGCCGGCAGCGCCAAGGAGAAGCGCUCCUUCAGCAAGCGGCUCUUCCGCGGACGGGCGGCGGGCGGCGGCGCGGGCUCGGCCCCGGCGCCCACCACCGCCUCCCCGGCCCCGUCCGGGCGGUCGCUCGGCGGGUUCAUGAGCCGCGUGCUGAAGACACUCUCCACCCUCUCGCACUACAGCAGCGAGCCCGAGCCCCGCGGCCCGCACGCCCCGCGCCUGCCCCCGCCGCAGGCGGCCGGCGGCCUGGGCAGUUGCUUCCCACCGGGCCCGCCGCGCAGCCCCGAGCCCCCGCCGCGGCCCGCCGGCUGCACCGAGGCCGUGCCCGGCGUGGCCGGGCUGCGCAACCACGGCAACACCUGCUUCAUGAACGCAAUCCUGCAGUGCCUCAGCAACACCGAGCUCUUCGCCGAGUUCCUGGCGUUGGAGCAGUUCCGCAGCGGGCAGCCCCCCGCCGCCCCCAGCCCCGCCGCCGACGGCCCGCCGCCCGCGCCCGGCGAGGUGACCGAGCAGCUGGCGCAGCUGGUGCGGGCGCUCUGGACGCUGGAGUACACCCCGCAACACAGCCGCGACUUCAAGAACAUCGUGUCCAAGAACGCCAUGCAGUACCGAGGCAACGCCCAGCACGAUGCUCAGGAGUUCCUGCUGUGGCUCCUGGACAGGGUGCACGAAGACCUGAACAACGUGGUGAACUACAGCAGUGUGCCUCCGCUCAAGCCACCACUGGAGGAUGAUGUCCUGCUGGAGGGACCAGCCUUUCCAAUCAGCAGCACUUUUGUGCAGGAGCUCUUUCAAGCCCAGUACAGGUCCUCUCUGACCUGCCCUCAUUGCCAGAAGCAGAGCAACACCUUCGACCCUUUCCUCUGCAUCUCUCUGCCGAUUCCUCUGCCUCACACUCGGCCUCUCUAUGUGACGGUGGUGUACCAGGGGAAGUGCUCUCACUGCAUGCGCAUCGGCGUGGCUGUGCCCAUCUCGGGCACAGUGGCCAGGCUGCGGGAGGCUGUCUCCUCUGAGACCAAGAUACCCACGGAGCAGAUUGUGCUGACAGAGAUGUACUACGAUGGGUUCCAUCGCUCCUUCUGUGACUCUGAUGACCUGGACACCAUCCACGAAAGUGACUGCAUCUUUGCCUUUGAGACCCCCGAGAUCUUCCGGCCCGAGGGCAUCCUCAGCCAGAGAGGAAUACAUGUGAACAAUAACCUGAAUAACUUGAAAUGUGGCACUGAGCACUCCCGAGCAGCAGCUUACUCUCAAGGAACAGGGAAGCCUGGAAAACUGGAACAGUCCUCCACUAAAGCAGCAGCAAGUGACAAGAUCGUGCUGCUGGUGUGUAACAGAGCAUGCACUGGACAGCAGAGCAAAAGGUUUGGCUUGCCCUUUGUGUUGCACCUAGAAAGAACAAUUGCUUGGGAUAUCCUGCAGAAGGAGAUUCUGGAGAAGAUGCAGUAUUUCCUGCGGCCUGCAGCCUGCCUGCAGGUUUGCCCAUUCAGCCUGCGAGUGGUCAGCGUGGUGGGCAUCACCUACUUGCUACCUCAGGAGGAGAGGCCUCUCUGCCAUCCAACAGUGGAAAGGGCACUGAAGUCAUGUGGCCAGGGGGGAACUGCUCAUGUGAAAUUGGUGGUGGAAUGGGACAAAGAGACUAAAGAUUACUUGUUUGUGAACACAGAGGAGGAGUACAUCCCAGACUCUGAGAGCGUCCGCCAGCAGAGAGAGCUUCACCACCAGCCUCAGACCUGCACUUUAACCCAGUGUUUCCAACUCUACACCAAAGAGGAGCAGCUUGCCCCAGAUGAUGCGUGGCGGUGCCCACACUGCAAGCAGCUGCAGCAGGGUAGCAUCACACUGAGCCUCUGGACCUUGCCUGAUGUUCUCAUCAUCCAUCUCAAAAGGUUUAGACAGGAAGGAGACCGAAGGAUGAAGCUUCAGAACAUGGUUAAAUUCCCCCUGAGUGGCUUGGACAUGACUCCUCACGUUGUUAAGCGCAGUCAGAGCAGCUGGAGCCUGCCAUCUCACUGGUCACCCUGGAGGAGACCUUAUGGUCUUGGAAGGGAUCCUGAGGACUAUAUCUAUGACCUGUACGCUGUCUGCAAUCAUCAUGGCACCAUGCAAGGGGGACAUUAUACAGCAUAUUGCAAGAACUCAGUUGAUGGCCAGUGGUACUGCUUUGAUGACAGUGAAGUUCAGCAGCUGUCUGAAAAUGAAGUCUGCAAGCAGACAGCUUACAUCCUCUUCUACCAGAGACGCACAGCCAUCCCCUCGUGGUCAGCCAACAGCUCUGUGGCAGGCUCCACCAGCUCCUCACUGUGUGAGCACUGGGUCAGCCGCCUGCCUGGCAGCAAGCAGCCCAGCAUCGCUUCAGCGGCCUCAUCCCGGCGAACCUCCCUGGCUUCGCUCUCCGAGUCGGUGGAGCUGGCUGGGGAAAGGAGUGAAGAUGAUGGAGGUUUCUCAACUCGGCCCUUUGUCAGAAGUGUCCAGCGUCAGAGUUUGUCAUCCAGAUCUUCUGUCACCAGCCCGCUGGCUGUCAGUGAGAACGGCGUCAGGCCCUCCUGGUCCCUCUCUGCAAAGCUGCAGCUGCGCUCCAACUCCCCGUCACGCUUCUCUGGAGACUCCCCUGUGCACACCUCCACCUCCACCCUGGAGAAGAUCGGGGAGGCUGCUGAUGACAAAGUCUCCACCUCUUGCUUUGGCAGCCUGAGGAACCUCUCCAGCAGCUACCUGGAGCCUUGCGACAGCGGUCGGCGAGAUCAGAGGACGGCUCGCAGAGCUCCUCUGGCUGUCAUGGAAGGGGCGUUCAGGGAAGAGUCUGUGGUGAGGACAUCUAGCUCAGACCUCUCAGAUGGCUGUGGCAAGAGCUCUGUGCAGUCAGACAGGAGUCAUCCUGCUCUGGACCCUUUUGACAACAACAAUCAGAUUGCCUUUGUUGAUCAGAGUGAUUCUGUUGAUAGCUCUCCGGUCAAGGAGGUGAAAGCCCUCAGUGGGGCAGGGCUGGCUACCGAGAAGGCAGAUGGCACCCCUAGGAAGGGUCAUAGCUCCAGGGGAGUUUCUGAGCCAGACAAAAGCUUAAGGAAGGGAAGGACAGUCUUACCCACCCAAGAGACCAGAGGGUCUCACUCCUCUCCUCCUCCACUAAAGACUUCCCAGAAGGUUUCCCGCUCUAGAAGCAAGACGGACUCCUCUAGGGCUAGUGGGAGACAUGGGUCUCCUGCUCCUGCUCAGGCUAGGAGGGACCAUAGCACAAAGCCCCUGGAGGUGGCUGCCUCAUCGGUUCAGCAGAAGCAGAAGUCAAGUUCUUCUCCAUCUUCCACAGCUGCCAAGAAAACCCCAUCAGGCUCAUUGACUAAGGGCUCUUCCUCUGGGAGGAGCCGGACUUCGGAGCGGAGCCUCAGCAGGGAGGGCUCCAAGGUAAGCCUGGGGUCAGAUAAAACGAGCGUGACCAGCAGCUCCAGAACGAGCUCCCCACGGAUCAGCCACUCCAGGAGUGACAGCAGGGCAGUGGACAGCAAGCACGUGCGGAGCUCCUCCAUGGCCAGCCUGCGGUCCCCCAGUGCCGCUCCGCGCUCCGGCCUGAAGAGGGACAGCAAGUCAGAGGAGAAGGGGCUGUCCUUCUUUAAGUCAGCCUUAAGGCAGAAGGAGACCCGCAGGUCAGCAGACCUGGGGAAGACCACGAUGCUCACCAAAAAGGCAGGUGGUGGCAGUUCCAAAGCGGGCAGCAAAGCUGUGCUGGAAGACAAAUCGGAGAAAGGCAGCACCCCGGCAGCCCCUCAAACCAACGCCAAUGUCACUGCAAAAGCAAAACCGCUCCCGAAAGAUCCCACCCCCAGCAAACAUUCUCUGCUCUCCAGUCGCAAGUCCAAGUCUUCCCAGCUAGAUCCCGGAGUCCAGUCUCCUCCUACCAGCGGCAAACAGUCUGCUGACAAGCCGCUGAAGAAAUUACCUUCCAGCAUGCAGGUGUCUGUACGGCCUUCUCUGGAACCUCAGUGA